AUGGCUAAUGGUUACUCUACAAAUAAAAUUGGACUCAAUGGAGGACAACCUUCGAAUAACGUCCAAUCAGUUAGAAAAAAAUCAAAUUCAAAUAUAAACUCCUUAAAAACUGACCAUGAGACGACCAGAGAAUCAAAAGCGUGUGUAGAAUUUAAGACAUCGUUAUCAAAAUUAUCCCAUCUUACAAGAGAGCGAAAUUUACGACAGUCUCAAUUAGAAUGUAAUAUGCAAACGUUUAAGACAUCUGGUGUUGAUUUCUUAAAGGAUCUUUUUAAAGUGAAGCACCGAACAAUUAACUUUAAUAACAAAUUUACACAUGUCAAUAAUAAAAAUAAUAACUUCAAUAACAAUAUGAAAAUGAAUAAUAAGUCUAAGAAUAAUACAAAUUCAGCUACAUCUUUAAUUUCACCCAUUUUAACUGAAGUACUACAUCAAAAGAAAAUUAACAAUACUCCAAUAUCAUUCUUUGAUUCAUUGUGGAAUAUAACCGAUGAUAACAUAAACAAUACAGAAUUUAAAAGCAACAUUUUUAGUAAAAAAGAUGAUACACAGAAAUUACCAAUAUACAACAGCGCAUUCGAGGGUCCAAAACAAGGUUUUUCGUUUUCACCUACAUCGCCCACCACCACUUUGAUACAUUCAGAACUAGAUGAUUUUUAUGAACAUGAUAAUAUAACCUUUAUAGACAAGUUAAAAUUAUCUAACCAAGAAGAAGAAAAAUAUAGUCGAACGACAGUACAGAAAAAUUAUGAAACUCAGGCUUUACUGAACAGAAUACAGUCAUUGGAAAAUGAGAUUGAGUACAUUAGAGUGGAAGGAAAUGGAUUACUAGAUAUGACACACCAAUUAGAAGAUAAUAUUUACGAUACAUUGUAUCAACGAGAUAACGACAGCUCAAAUUUAUAUCUAGAUAAUGAUUAUAGACAUGUGGAUCAUAGACAACUGGGCCGAAAAAUAAAUGAGUUAUCUUGGAAAUUGAGUGUAUAUAAAGACCGUAUUACGAAAUACGCAAACGAUUUCAAUGAAUCAGACAAAUGUAAUUUAAUGAAUGAUAUUAUGAAUAUUUCGAAGCACAGUCAUCAGAAAUUGGAAAAAAUAACUAACGAUGAACUAAAACUAAUUGAAGAAUCACUAAGUUCAGACUCAGAUAGAGAAGUGAAUAGCUACUCGAACAGUAUUUCAAUGAAUGAGGUAACUUAUAAUUAUAAUACAGAUAAAUUAUUUGAGUUCCACACUAAAAGGCUGACAUGCGACGCAAAUACAAGAUUUGAUCUCCAUAAUACUCAAAAGACUGGAUUUAACAUUAAGCUCAAAAUAAAAAAACAAUAUUCAAAUUAA